AUGACAAAUAUAAAGGUUAAUUUCGAGAUUGGUCAUGAAGCUUCUUUGAAAUCUAAGAAAACUCCCGAAGGGUUCACUCAUGACUGGGAAGUCUUCGUCCGUGGUCAGGAAGGUGCUGAUAUAAGUCAUUUUGUCGAGAAAGUAGUUUUCUAUCUUCACGAAACUUUCCCGAAACCAAAGCGAGUUGUAAAAGAGCCACCAUUUUCUAUAAAGGAGUCGGGGUAUGCCGGUUUCGUGUUUCCAAUAGAAAUAUACUUAAAAACUAAGGAUGAACCCAAGAAAAUCCAAUUCACAUAUGAUUUAACAUUACAGCAAUGUGGAUUUUUAAAAGAUAGGUAUGUGUUUCAAAAUCCAAGUGAGGAAUUCAAAAGGAAACUUUUAAAAGGCGGAGGAAUUCCCGUGAGUAACAGUUCUUAUUACACAAACCCUGAACAGGAAAGUAGAAGUAGAGAUUCGUUCACCGAUGAGAAGCCACAACUUGUUAGCAAACCAAAAUUAUCAUCAGACAAUAUAAAGAAACAUAAAGUAAAAGAGUACAAAGAUGAACAGCCGCAUAAAAACAUUUGUUUUGAAAAUUUGUUUGGACCUCCUAUACAGAAACCGCCAAAGGUUUCUCCGGAUCCCAAGAAAUUAGAGAAGAGUUCCGUAUCUGCUAAGUCUGAUAAGAAAGACAAAGAUAGAUCUGGCUCGGACAAGAAAUCGAAACACGAUCACAAAGAAAGCAAACAGGAUAAGGUUAAAAUUAAAGAAGAGAAGAGCAAACAGAAGGGAGAGAAAGUAAAGAAUCACAAUAAAGAACAGGAUAGAGCUAAAGAAAAAGCAGCGAAACGACAAAAUGAAAGACCUCCUUCCCCUGAACCGGCCAAGAAAAGAUGUCCAAGUCCUAACAGAAAGUUGCCAAGUCCAAUGCCUAGAUCGAGUAGCGCAUCUAGCAUAAAAGAAGAAUACAAACUAAAACAUAAUUCCGAUAAUUUUGAACACAGAAAAUCUAAACUCGAUGACAGAAUACCAGAUAUAAAAGUAGAGAAAGAUGUAAAGGAGAAAAAGAAGAAAGAAAAGAAGAGUCACGACAGAGAUAAAGAAAGAAAAGAAAAGAAGGAGCACAAAAAAGAUAGUCAUAAGACAAAAGAAGAAAAAGAACCAAUAAAGGAAGCACCUAAAGAUAUAGUCAAAUCAAGAGAAGUUGUCAAGGAAAAAGAAGUUAUAAAAGAUUCACCAGUGAAAGAAAAACAAAUAAAACCUGAAAAGACAGUGAACAAGUUUUCUAUAGAAAAUUUAAGGAAGACGCCUCCACCAGAAAAUGUUGACAGGCAUGAUAAUCACAAAUCAAAGGAGAAAGGAGACUCUGAGAGAAAACAUAAACACAAGAAAAAAGAUAAAAAGAGAGACGAGUCGAAAGAAAAGCACAAAGAAUCUAGCAAAGAGAAAAGGCAUAAACAUGAAAAAGUACGGGAAAUACCUCAAGAGAAACCUGAGGUCAUUGAACUAAGAGAAACACCUAUUCCAAAAGAACGUCCAAUACCUGAACCAGCCUCACCUAUAUCUAUAGACACAGCAUCUCAAUGUAGUUCUAAGAGUGGUAUAAAUAAACCUAUACAUAUAGUGGAUGAUGCAAACAGCAGUCAUUCAGAUUCAGAAGGAUCAAUCAUAGCUGACGAAGAAGAUGUUAAAGUUAAAAUCGAAAACCAUUCUCCGGAACCAAUUAAAAGAGAACCUUCUCCUGAACCAGAACCCGAACCUGAACCGGAACCAGAAAUAGAACCUGAACCGGAACCAGUAGUAGAACUUCCGCCAGUACAGAAAGAAAAGUCUAAAAAACAUAAAGACAAAUCAAAAAAAGAAGAGAAGAGAAGAAAAAGAAAAGCGGCGGAAGAAGAAGACGCUGAAAGUAGAAGAAUUGCUAAAGCAGCGGCGACCGCUGACUCAGGACCUUCGAAUAAUGAAAAUGAUCACGGAGAAAGCAGUGGCUCAACAUCCAUGGAAACCAAAGUUCAGGAUAAUGGAGUAUCAAGUAGUUUAGGAGAAGACGCAGAACCUGGGGACCUCUCACCCGACUACAUGGUACAACUCAGAGGCCUUCAACAGAGAAUCAUGAUGAUAAAGAACAAUGAAGAUCUGGAAAGGGUUGUGAAUCUUAUAGCGGAGACUGGACGGUAUGAAGUAACUACACAGACAUUCGACUUUGAUCUGUGUCUGCUAGAUCGAUCUACGGUACAGCAACUCAUACAACUAGUGGGUUGCUAG